AUGUCUGUCUUUCAACAUCUCGAUACAACAUUCAAUGCCAUUCGCACCGAUGUCAACUUCAAAGAUGAGAAACCUCUGGAUAUAAUGGAUACACUGUUGUCAGAUGAACGAUCGAAUAGAGUGCUAUCAUUUGCUGAGGGUGCUGCAACAAUGAAGUUGGCAUUCCUCGGUGCUCUGGGCGCGGGCAAGACAACGCUGAUCAACACGUUACUGGGUACGCUACUGCCAACUGGGGCGGGCUUUUCAAUGUCUCGUAUCACCAUACUUCGCUAUGCACCACUGGCCGACGCCAACAUCACCAUGCACAGGAUCUCGGUGAAUGGACUGCUACCAAUACACGAGCCCCCCAUCAAACUUGCAGACGCGCCCAAUCAAAAGGAAGCGACCAAACUAGCUCAUAAACUAUGUCGUAUGUCAAAGGAGAACGGAGCAAGCGAGAGCGUUGACGCCGAGUACAUCGAGGAAUGGGUCCAGAAGGUUGUGGUGAUCAGGUACCCAUUCCCAAUGCUCGGGGGCGGACUCGAGGUGUAUGACAUCCCAGGCUUUGAAAAAGACGAGCAUCCAUCUCUGUCCAUUGUCCGAGCCAACUUCUUCACUAUGCUCCAGCCCCACGCCGUUGUCUUUUGCUACGCCAAUCCAGCAUUCUCUGACCACGAGGUGUUCUCCUAUGAGGAGCUCAGAGCGCUGGCAUCGUUGGUUGUUAAGUUUAACCUGAAUGAGCAUGUCUUCUUUGCUAACACCAAGUUCAAUGUGGCCGCGAUCAAGAGCAACUACAAUAUGGAGGACAUCAACGACGUGACCGACGAGCUACUUCUGAGCGAGGAGAGAACUAUCUUCAAACAGCUGAGGCAACGAUCAUUAUUGCAAACUACACAUGACACUCGGUUCUCAAUUGUCAACUCCAUGGACUACCUGCGCGUUGUGUCAAAGCAAUGCAGCAAGGUACUCUUUUCAAGAUUCAUCGAGCGACUCACCAAAUGGACCAUCACCGUCAGACAUGCGCGCGUCAACUUUGUGCUGGACGAACUCAUCUCACUGUGUGUGACCUUCUACUCAAGGUUUAUGAACAACAAGAACGACAUGCCACCCCCUGGUUGGGACCUUGCCGAAAAACUUCAGGAUCUACUCAAGGACAUCCAAGCAUACUUUGAGGAUUCAAUCAAGUGGUUGCCCGAUCUAUUCGAGAAGCAAUGCAGAGCAGUCAAUGACGAGGCCAUGAUCUACGCUGGCAACACAGUCUUGGAGCAGUACGAUGGCGCAUACCAGGUCAACAGUGCCAAGCUUGAGGCGAUCGGCGCAUUCAAGGCCAAAGUUGCACCUUGGUUCGUCAAUCACAUUACCAUUCCAGUCCUGGAUGAGCUGUGCAAGGAACUUUCUACCGUUUGCUACUCCGCCAUCAAUUCAACAAACAGCCUGUACCUGAAGGAGUUGUUCAAUGAGUGGACAUUGGAAGGUGUGAUCAAUGAACUCAAGAGCAAACUGUAUGAUUCACUCUCCAAGUCUAUGAGGCUUCAGCACAAAGGUAUUGAGAACAAGAAGAACAUGCUAGCAAAGGUGUUCACCGACAAGAAGCCAAUUGAUAUACUGUUCAAAAUGCGGACAAUGGGGAAGAUACUCAAAUUGUUUGGCCAAUCGCCCGACACCAAGACACUUGCUACGAUAGCAAAUCAAACGUUCGACGACUACAAGCGCAAUCUGAAUGUACGUGCCUCAGUCUGGAACCUAUUCCUAAACAAGUUGCGCGCACUGAAUGCCCGAACUCACUUUGCCGUUCUCCAACUCAACGUCGGACGGCUGCACGUGGAGGUGAUGGCCAACAUGUUCAAACUGAACAACCCAUUCGAUGAACUGGCCGGCGUGUCGGACAACAUUAUAGCUUAUGGACCAUCGGGUAUGACAUACACUGGUGUGUUUGGUGGCGAUCCAGUCUUUAUCAAGCGAUGCUCCCACCUACCAGUGAUCUCUGGCAUCUCUCAAUCUCACUUGGCCUUCUUUGAGGAGGCCUACUACACACCACAGCUAGUGGCCAGGAGUGUCAACCUUUUGCCCCUAAUUGCCGUGCAGUGGAACACUGAACACAUUCAACUGAUCUACAAAAGAAUUGGAGUGCCACUCAAGGAAUUCAUUGGAUCAGUUGGCACCAUUUCCGACAUGCAGGUCUUGGUACUGUGGCGCCAGAUCGCCAUAGCCAUCAAGGGCAUCACCGACUAUGGUUUCUCGCACAACGAUGUGAGUGUGGAGAACGUCUUUGUGGUAGUUGGCGAGCAGGUGGCCACAACCAGGCUUGGAAACAUUGGAUCUACAUUGAAGAAUCAAAGCACUAGACCUGAUCUACGCGGCUAUGCACAUAUAUUGAAGUACAUAUCGGAGAUAGUGUUACAGUCCUACGAUAGCUUCGACAAUCUGUACAACAGGGUGGACGAUAUGACAAUGAACAUUGACCAGAUCAUUGACGAACUGACCCUAAGAAUCAAAAAAGACACAACAAUGUUACCAAAUCCCAAUCAAUAA